UUGGGAGGUGGCGGAUCCGGUUUGUCAAGGGCGGAUCUGGAAUCGGGGUGGUGGAGGGAAUGUGGGGUGCUGGAUAGGUUGCGGCGGCUGCGGCGGCAUGGUGGGUCCGGAGAAGGAGCAGAGUUGGAUCCCCAAGAUCUUCAAGAAGAAGACGUGCACGACAUUCAUCGUUGACCUCACAGAUCCGGGAGGGACUUUGUGCCAGUGUGGGCGUCCCCGGAGUGACCAUCUGUCAGUGGCUGUGGAGGAUGCAUUCGGGGCAGCCGUGGUGACCGUUUGGGACAGUGACUUGCACACCACGGAGAAACCCACCGAUGCCUAUGGAGACCUGGACUUCCAGGGCGCCGGCCGCAAGGCCAGCAAUUUCCUUCGGCUCUCUGACCGCACGGAUCCAUCUACAGUUUAUAAUCUGGUCACGCGCACAUGGGGCUUCCGGGCCCCGAACCUGGUGGUGUCAGUGUUGGGGGGGUCGGGGGGCUCCAUCCUCCAGACCUGGCUGCAGGACCUACUGCGAAGCGGGCUGGUGCGGGCCGCCCAGAGCACAGGUGACUGAAGGUGGGCGGGGGGCUGUGCCUCCUGGGCCGGGCUGGCUACUCAUCUCCCUCACUUCUCUGGGAUGCUGCCUCCCCUCCAUCUCUG